ACAAGAGCAGAGCAGGACCAGAAUCGACGAUCUUGUGAAGACCCUCGGGAACAUUCGCGAGGAGCUUGUCGCUGCUAAAACCGAACGUGAUCAGCUUCAGACUCGAGUCGACGAGAUGAAGAUUGAACUUAGGACUGCCGAAGAACGAGCACAUACUCUUCAGCCACGCCCAACACCUCGCACAAAUGGCGCCAAUGGAACCGCCGGCCCCACGAUCAAUGAGGAUGGUCUCAGCAGGGAGCAGGAGCUUGCGCUCGAGAUUUCAGACCUCAAGCGUGACCUUGAACUUGCGCGUGGCGAAGUUGAGACUACAAAGGUGCACAUUGAGAGUUACAAGGGGAUUGCACAAGCCUCGGAGGAAGAACUUGCAUCUCUCAACGACACCUAUGAGCAGUAUCACGAAGAGACGGAGAGCACGAUAGCCGAGAAGGACGCAAGAAUCAAGGAUCUUGAGCAACGGGUGGAUGAGAUCUCAUCCGAGCUAGCAACUACGAACCAGGAACUUUCUGAAGUCCGACGUGCUCAAGAGGAAAGCGCCACCACAUUCAACCAACAGAAGGAGGUUCUGGAAUCGGAAAUUAUCCGACUCAAGGACGACUGCGAGCGCUAUCAAGAAACGGCCAAGAUGCAUCAAGAGGACCUCAAGGCCCAAGCCGAGAUUGCUAAGCAGGCUCAGCAAAGCUAUGAGAACGAGCUUGUCCGACACGGUGAAGCUACGAAGACUCUUAGGACUGUGCGGGAGGAAUACAACACCUUGCGGACCGAGGUUGCAGACAUUAAAGCCCAGGGCGAGGCUGCUCGUACUACCUUGGCGCAAAGCGAAGAGCACUGGAAUGAAACACGACAACGGUACGAGCGAGAACUUGGUGAACUACGGACCCGAAACGAGGACAUGAAGUCUCAAAACAAAAUUCUACACCAGCAGCUCGAGAACGUCAGCUCGCAAAUUGCAAGCUUGAAGCAGAGCCGAGUAUCGAUUGCUGGUGGCGAGGAGGAUAUCGCUGGCUCUCCAUCUUCGGGGCUUGAGAGCCUCCAAGAGGUUAUUCGAUACCUCAGACAAGAGAAGGAGAUUGUUGAUGUUCAGUACGAACUGUCUAUACAAGAAGCUAAGCGACUGAAACAGCAACUUGACCAUGCUCAGAAUCAACUUGACCAGACUCGCGAAAAGUUGAAUUCGGAACGCCAGACCCAGGCCGACAAGGAGCAGAACGCGCUCAGUCACAGCAAACUUAUGGAAACUCUUGAGCAACUCAAUCUGUUCAGGGAAAGCAGCGCUACUCUUCGCAACGAGGCGCGCCAGGCGCAGGCUCAACUGGCUGAGAAGAUGAAGGAGGUCGAGGACCUCGUGAGCCAGAUUCAACCUCUUCAAACCCGUGUGCGCGAACUCGAUAACGCACUCGAGACCAAGAACGGAGAAUAUGAGCUUCUGGAACAGGACCGUGAUAGGUAUCAGAAGCGAGCUCAAGACAUUCUGCAGAAGUACGAUCGAGUUGAUCCCGCGGAACUCGAGGAACUCAAGUCUCAACUCAAAACUCUUCAGACAGAACGCGAUCAAGCUGUGACGGAGCUUCAACCACUGCAAGAGCAGUUGAACGGAGUAGAGGAGCGGAUCCGUGUCGCGACCGAAGCCGCGCUGGCUGAACAGAAGGCGACGUUCGACGAGCGGAGGCAGAAACUGGUAGACCAAUCCAAGAGUAGGGACAAGGAUAAUCGCGUUAUUAUCAAUGGUCUCAAACAAGAGCGUGAGGGACUGCAGCAGCAGAUUGCCGAGGUCAAGACAGAGCUCGAAACAACCAAAACUGCGCUAGAGGAAGCACUUGCAAAUGUGAAGCCCACGGACACGUCUAUGGAUAAUUCGGAAGAGGGUCAGGUGGAUGAAGGCAGUGCGACUGGUUUCUCUCUGGAGGAGAAAGAGGCCCUCCAAGCUCGUAUCAAUGAAGCCGAAGGCAGGGUGAACCAGGAGGCUAACAGAGCUGUCAACCUUCACAUACAAGUCGAUGCACUCCAAGGGCGCGUUCGGGAAUUGGAAAACCAGAUCGCUGAACUCCACCAACGGGUUGCUACCGCCAAUACUGAAGUAGCUGAAGCCAAGGCCCAGAAGGCUCAGCUGGAGGUCCAGGUUCAACAGCUGCAGGCACAAGUACCUCCACCUGCCAACCAGGACACUAACGGAGACUCUUCGGAAGAGAUCGAGAAGCUCAAGGAAGAGCUCGCGAUUACUCGGAAAGAAGCAGAUGAUCUGCGAAUCAAUGCUGCAAUCGCGGCGGCGACCAGCGCUCCUUCUGAUAGCACUAAAUCUAUCACCGAUCAAGUUGCCGAACAGGUGGCUCUCAUUCGCACGGAACUGGAGGCUGCACAAAUCGAGAAGAUCCAGGCGGCCGAAACACUUUACCAGAGCCGGACAGAGAAGAUGAAGAAUUCUCUUCAAUCUAAGCUCAAAGAUGGCAAGGAGACUAUCAAACAACAACUGCAACAGGAGCAUGAGGACGCUAUGGAGCAACUCCGAUCAGAGCAUGAAGCGGCGAUCCAGCAAUUGAACACGGAGCACCAAGCCGAGAUUGCCACCCUCCAUGAGGAAGCUCGACUGCUAGUACAGAAGGGUGCCGAAGACCAGCCUGCAAAGACGGAGCAAGACAAAAGUGUAGAUGGCGCUGCGGCGGAAUCAGCGGAUGGUCCUGAGAAGGAGCCUAUCGCCUGGGAUGCUCCAGAAUCAGUCAUCAAACAUUUCGUGUCUAACCACCCUGUUGUGAAGGAGAUUCUCAUCCGCAACGUCCAGAAGAAGCUUGCGCAGGAGAAGGAGGCCGCCAUAGCCGAGGCGAUUGAAGAACAGACGAAGGUCGCUGAGGCCAAAGAAAAAGAACUCAAUGACACCUACACCAAGAAGAUCAAUAACUACGAGAUGGAUUUAAAGAAGGCCAAUCUCAAGGGUGGCAUGCUUGAGAAUAUAAGGGCUCGAAUCUCUGUUGUCCAGCAAGCGGCAAAGGAGACCCCAGAACGACCUGUUGGUGAGGUGUGGGCCAUCGCAGAGAAGGCGAAGCCACCCCAGGCCAAGCCAGGUCAAGUCGCACAGGCAGCGUCGGCUACGCAGAUGGCGGUCCCUGCCCAGCCAGCACCUCUGGCUCCGUCUGCGUCUUUGACUAAGCCUACGGAAUCAACACAGUCUGCGCAAUCGACACAGGCUGUGCCGCCGACUCCACCUCAGCAGCCCAUCGCCAACCAGCCUGCGUCGCACCUACAGCCUCCAACCGGCCCACACGAUCCUAGCCAACCGUCGCCCACUGCAUUUGGACAACCAGGGUUCGGUCAAGCUCCCCAGGGCAGCUUCGCCCAUCAUGCAUCCGCCCAACCACAAAACCCCUUUGCAAACCGCCCGGGUUCCUUUGGCCAAACCAAUAUCCCGGGCCAAAACCGCCCCGGUUCCUUCGGCCAGCCACUACCAUCUCAGGUCCAACCCAACCUCUUUGGCCAGCAACCAAACAUGGCACCGACGAUGCCCGGCUACAACAACCAAGCCAACAUGGGCCGUGCUAGCCCUGCCUUUGGCGGCCUGAUGCCAAAUCCAAUGAUGCAGCAGCAAAACCCCCUACGAUCCAACUCGCCUGCGAACCAGCAACAGCAGCAGUUCCCGGGCCAGCAAGCGAACCAGUUCCGACAGCAUCUCGGACAGAGCAUGCAGACUGGUAUUCCACGCGGGGGAGGUCUGCCAAGACCGGUUGGUCGUGGACAGCAACAGCAACAGAACCAGAACCAAGGCGGUAAUCAAAACCAGAGCCAACUCCCCCGCGGCGGACGACGAGGCGGAGGAGGACGCGGUAGUCAGCAGCAGCAUAUUCAGACCGGCAACCUACCGCAAGGGCCAGCGGCGCAGAACAGUCCAAAGGGGUCGAUGAACCCGGCGGCUAGGCAAUUCAAUCCUGGUAGUAGUGGUGGGAGUGGGAUGAAGAGGCCACGUGAAGACGGAGACGGCACAGAUGGCGGGCAUCAAGGGGGAAAACGGGCGCGCGGAGGCGCUGGCGGUGCGAACUGAGCGAGCGGAAUCUACGAGCGGAGACUGACUGUACUUUUACGCAUGGGGCUAGAGCUAUAGGGCACGGACUGCCCUGCCGAUGCGAUGCUAUGCAUUCUCCUUUGUCAUAUGGUGGUGUUUUGAGUUUUUAGUUCUUUUCCUUUGUCAACGCACUGGGGAGAGAACGAGUCUCUGGGUCUGAGCCGUCUGGCUGGGGAAAUGGGAUAAAAGCAUUUCCGAUCGAGGGAUGUAGUAUAGGGACUUCGGCUCUGCUAUAUUAUAAGGUAGAUUUGAGUACAUUUGGUGUUUAAUUAAUUGCAACAUGUGAGAUACGUAAUUGGGC